AUGUCCUCCCCAAUGGCGCUCGACGUGCCGCCAAACACACCCGCUAGUCCGUCGGACGCCGACACAGGAGGAGUGGACGCAGGUUUCCUUCCUCAAGUUACUUGGAACCUGGACUUACUCUCGAGCGUGCUCCCCCGAGAAAUCAUCAGCGAAAUCUUUGCACAGGCCUGCGACGUCGAAAACGCCGCAGACGCAGAUGCCACCUUCGAAAUAACAACAUUAGCACCCUUACGGCUAUCUCAUGUCUCGAGACUUUGGCGGGAAGUUGCAAUAUCGACACCGAGGCUAUGGACUCACCUUCAAGUUGUCGCUCGGCGGGCUGACAUAACUUCCGCUCUCGAGCUUACUAAACUAUGGGUUCCUCGAUGUAAACAGCGACCUCUCAUUAUCGAUGUCACCUUUCAAGAUAGGGACGGUCCGUUCAUCAUUUACCCGGUGGACUCCGUAAAUCUAUUUCGGGUGAUAACCAAAACCGCUGUGCUGCUUAGGAAGGGGAUUGAAUUCGGGUCGGACAAGGCCUACUUUGAAACGCAUGUGAAAGCAGGGAGCUCUGGUGCGAUGCCAAUUAUCGAGGAAAAGUAUCUCUGGUACUAUGGCGUGGAUGAUACACCUCGUAAGGAGGAGCUUCCUUCCAUUCCUUUGUUUGUUCGUGGUAUCCGGCGUGCCGUUGACGAAUUCGGAUUCGGGUAUCACGAGCCGCUCACCGAUUCACUUACCAGGCUGGAGCUUCUGGAUACUAACGGCGUAACCUGCCUCUCUACGACAGAGCUGCUUAUCAUUCUCGCUGAAUUUCCACAGUUACGAUAUGUCUCGGCGUACUUGAACCACGGAGACGCUCCUCCAGCUGAACGAGUAACCGCUCUGAAACUGUUGACAUUCAAACUGGCCUGGGGAUACACGACUGACCCUGGUGAAUUGUUUGACAACUUAUAUGCACCGUCAAUCACCGAAAUGGAAGUAUCUGGCGACGUCCCUGCCAGUGCCGCCUGGAAUAAUCUCUACGACUUCUUUGAGCGUAGUCGUCCUCCAAUAAAGACGUUUGCGCUGGAACAUUUCGACGCUACUUCGAACGUAACUCACCUUGCUGACUGCCUAGAUCUAUGCGAAUCGCUUGAAAGCCUCUGGCUCGAGAACUGUGUUGUGGACGACGAGUUUAUUGCAAGAAUCGGUCGCCGUAGUGCCUUGUCUGAAACCAGUGUUCUCUCAAGAUUGCGCAUUUUUGGCAUUGUUUCUGCGGAUGACGUUACUGGUGACUGUCUGGUUCAAGUUCUGCGUAAUGCCGAUACAACGAGGUUGAGGGAAGUUUUCGUGUUUGACUGCGACCUCGUUCUCCAAGAACACUGUGACGCUAUCGAGGAAUAUUUCAGGGAGACAACAGCGGUUGAGACGAUUAUAGUGACGCCUAGGGAUGCCGUUGACUAAAACUACUCCCAAUUCUUGCCAUGUUUGUCUAACGUCUUGGACUUUCGCACUUUCUGUACUUCGACAGACUAGCCGUCGUUUGGUGUUAUUUC